AUGUCUGACAAAGUAUGGGAUGUAUCAGGGGGAACCAUGACAACUUCUCUUAUUCAAGAACCCCAAAAGAAGCAGAAACUGAAUGAAGAAGAGGACAUUGAUGGGAACAGCAAAAACAUAGGUAACUUACCUGAGGAGCUUCUUCGACACAUCCUUUCCUUUCUUCCAAUAGAAGAUGCUGUUAGGACAAGCCUACUUUGUAAAAGGUGGGAACACCUAUGGACUUCUACUCCCAAUCUAGAUUUUGAACUAUAUGAGCCUGCUAAGAGAACACUUUUCAUGAAUUUUGUGGAAAGGGUGCUCUGUCUUCGUGACUUCUCUGAUAUAAAACUAUUCUGUCUCUGUUGUGAUGUGCUGCGUGAUGCAUCUCGUAUUAAUACUUGGAUCUGUACUGCAGUAAAGCAUAAUGUUCAAGUGUUGUAUAUUGAGCUUGAUAACUUCGAAGGAGUAUUCUCACUGCCUAGUUGCUUGUUUACUUGUAAGACUGUGACAAGAUUACACCUUAAUUUGACCCAUAUCCUCAAGCUUUCCCCUACAAUUUGUUUCUCAAAUCUAAAAGUUUUGACCAUCGAAAAUGUUACAUUUUCAAAUGAAUACUUAACCCAGCAGUUCUUCUCCAGUCUGCCAGUCCUCGAGGAGUUGCAAUUACAUGAAUGCAAGUGGGUGGGUCUCAAGGUUGUGAGUAUUUCUGCUCCCAAGCUUCAUUCCUUGACCAUAGAUGAAAGUAAGAUGUUUCGUCUGAGUCAUGGGGAUGCUUGUCAAGUUAUGGUUUUUGGAGAUAGUCUCCAACAAAUUUAUUACAGUGGUUUUCUGCUCAGAGACUAUUGCUUAUCCAAGUCAUUCUCACUGGAAGAGGCAGAGAUUCAUAUUUUCCGUCAUAAGACAUCAAAAAAAAUUGCUUAUCGCAUGCAUAAGCUUCUUAUAGGGAUCUCCAACGCAAAAUUCCUAACACUUAUUUGUGACAUAGUCGAGUAUCUCAAAUGUUCAGCAGAACUCCUACUUCAUAUGCCCAUAUUCAAUAACUUGAUAAGUUUGACAUGGGAUUGGAACCAAGCAGAUCUUGAUAGUGUAGCAAUAUUGAAGAUAUUGCAAAAAUCUCCUUGUCUCAAGAUUCUGACAUUUAUAAGUGGGAUCACUCUCUCCUCGGAUCAUGAAAAAGAUGAUUGGAUACUAGAGCCAAUGCCUCCAUGUUUCUUGUCCCAUCUCAAGCGCAUUGAAGUUGGUAGUUAUGAUGGAGAUGAGGAGGAACUUUAUGCGUUAAAGAUUUUGUUAAAGAAUGCAGCUGUCUUGGACGAAAUAAUUAUAACUUGCUCAGAGCAUUUUGCAGGAAACUUAGAAAAGCUAGAGAAUUUCUACAAACAGUUGAUAGAGUUCCCUAGAGGGCCACGAAAUUGUAAAAUCGUUUUGGAAUGA